GUGUUUAAUAUUAAUCCAACGUUGUUACCAACAACAAACCUUCUCAUCGAUUAAUUUAUCGAAUAAAAGAUGAGAAAGGAAUGAAUGAAGAAGGAAGAAAGUGGACAAGACAGGUUAAAGUGAUAUGAAUGAAAUAUGAAUAUACAACGCUUUUUGCCUGUACAACUUCCCUUAUUAUUAUUACUAUUAUUAUUGUCAAUAAAAGAAUGUGGAUCUAAACGAAGCGGUACACUUGCUGGCAGUCGUGGUACAUCAGCUAGCCGAUCUGGUGGUUUAUUUGGUGGUUUGCGUAAAAGUGGAGGUGGAUCGUUUGGUUCUUUUGCAAAAUCCCGCACUGGAGGAGGUGUUUCUGGCUCUGCGAAAUCUGGUUAUCCACGUGAUAGUAGAUGGGGAAUGCCUAACGGUGGCAAUAUUGGCAGAACAGGUGGUGAUCGAUGGGGUAGCAACUCACGUAGCACUUCAUGGGGACGACCGCGUGGUGGCGGCUUGUUUACCAAAUCAAAUAUUGGUUCUUUCAUUGCUGGUGCUGCAGCUGGUUACCUCACUUAUAAAGCUGGAAAAGCAUUGAUACGAAGCGCUUAUGCCCCAAUGAUGUGGAAUAAUCGUCCAUAUUAUUGGGGUUCCAACUACUAUCGUGGCGGCUAUGGCACUCAUAUGUGCCAUAUGCCUGUACAAGGAGACGAUCCACAGCUGGGUAAUGUAUAUUUCGAGGAUGGUAGAAGGCCCAAAGAAUUGGUCUGGAGCUGCAGCUACGACGAAUAUUGCUGUGGUUAUGACUGCUGUUGGCGUGGUGGCACAUCAUCUUAUUGGAUUCGCGGGUCUGGCCAUAUCCUUCUAAUUGCUCUCGCUGUCGUGCAUUUCAUUUAAAACUUCAAAAUUAUUAGGAUUUACAUAUCACUCAUGCUUAUACGCUUCCCUUAUUAUACGGCUUUCAGAAUCAUAGUGCUAGAAUGACG